CCCAGUGUAACAGCUGGGGAAUUAACUUGAAGGAGCCCCAACAGCUGUAGCUGUCCAGCAGAAAAGGGUUUCCAGCCAAGGAACUACUUAGCCAGGGGUGGAGCCCUGGCAGACCAACACUGAGGCCCUUGAUCUUCUAGACUACUGGACUCCAAACACUCUUCUUAGAACUCAAUGCUAAAGACGUGUUAAUAAUCACCACAAGUUCCAUUUACCAAAGGACUUUCUUCCUCACCAAUCUCCCCCUCCCCUUCCAGGUUGAAGAUAAUGGAUAAAGGCUCCUUUUCCUCAAAUACAGUGGAAAAAUCUAUGCAGAUAACAGAAGAUGCCAUUUACGCUGCAGUUAAGACACUGGAAGAUUUAGAAAAUCCAGUGAAAAACAUACAAUGGACAACAUGUAAGGACUUCACAGUGGACCUGGGCCGACAGCAGAUAGAAGAAUACAUCUCGACUUGGGAAUUUCAUGAGAGCUGGCUCCAUUGGUCUGACUACUUGGAGAAGGAAGACUUGGAGUUCAGUGUCCGCUACCAUUACCGGGUGCGCUGGAGCAUCCCCACAUCCCGAAAGCCCAUCCCUCGGGCCACUGCCUGUGUCUACUUUCUCAUUGAGAUCUCCAAGAUCAAACCUAAAAGUUUGCCAGUUGAAGUAUUUUUUGUUCUGGAGUCCAACAGAUAUGUUCACAGACCAGGAAAAUCUCGCUUCCGAGAAAAGUGGCUGAAGGACAUCAUUGAAAGCAAGAUCAUCCUAAUGAACAGCAUUAACUUCUAAUUCAAUGAUCCACUGUUGAUUUGGGGUUUGGGGGACUGGAUUUCUGGUAUAUGUGCACUAAAUACAACAUUAUAAAUUCAGUCAUACAGUAUGUUUUGGGAAAUAAAGUUGUCAGGACACUUAGAA